AUGCGGCCUGCGGCGAGCAUCACGUCCGCGCCGUGCGCAGCGGCCUGUCUGUCGGUGCGAAUGACCCGGGCGGCGGGAGCCGUGGGCGUCCCCGCGGCGGUGCCCCUGCGGGCGCCUUGGCGCCACAUCGCCCAGCAGCGGGCGGCGCGGGUGUGGCGUGUAGCGGCGAAGAAGAAGGAGGAGGCCGCGGUUCCGGCGCUCACGCUGCCAGAGGACCUGCCGGAGGACGUCAGGGACGCUCUGAUGGCGCAGGCGCAGAGCGCGGCGGCGCAGGUCGCCACGCUGCGCAAGGAGACGCGAGCGAAGACGACGGCCAUGGGGAUGAUGCAGAAGCUGCUUGCGACGGAGCGCGAGCACUCUCAGACGAUCAAGAAGCAGCUGCUGGACGCGAAGAAGCGGCUGGAGACGUGCGCGACCGACGUCGUGGGCAGCAGCGGCAAGGGUGGCAAGAACGGCGCGGCGCCCGCGGACGCGACCGACGAGCUGCGCGCGAAGCUCAGGGAGAUGGAGGAGCGCGCGCACCGCGCGGAGGCGGAGUCCGUUGCGUCGCAGCUCAUCGCCAAGAAGCUCGAGACUGUGUUGAAGAACAAGGACUCGGAGCUGCGCGAGGCCAGGAGGGGCGGCAAGGCGGGCGGCAAGGCGAGGGGCAAGGGGGGCAAGGAUGGAGGCAGCAAGGGCUACGAGGGCGGCUCGGCGGCCCUGCGAGAGCUCGCGGAAAUGGCAUCUGAGGCUUCCAUCGACGAAGACGACAUGUCGACGCUGUCCCGCGCCCGCCUGGAGGCCGAGACCGAGGCGCUUCGGCUGGAGUUGGAGCAGGCAGUUGAACGCGCCAACAGGGCCGAGAAGCAGCGCGACGAGUUGGAGCACGACCUCCGCGGAGCGAUCGACGUGGCCAGCAGCGAGUUCCAGCGCGCACAGAGCCUCCUGGAGGCGCGCAUGUCCGCCCUCGCGCACGUCAACGAUCACUUCGACGCCGUGAAGGCCGAGAUCAGCAAGGAGGAGGAGCUCGAGCUCCAGGAGCGCGAGGCAGCGGCCAAAGCAGCCAAGGGCGCGCCUGGCAAGAAGGGCGCGAAGCGCGCGUCUGAGGCCGCCUCCGAGGAGCUCGACGCCCUCACCGCGGAGAUCAAGGCUCUCCGCGAGGCCCAGGAGACGCAAGCCGAGGAGCUCGAGCAGGCCGUGGAGGUCGCGGAGGUCCUCACGGAGCAGGUCACGCGCCUGCAGGACCAGCUCGGCGAGGCGGAGGCGCUGGCCGAGCAGUGGCGCCUGGAAGCCGAGGCGUCGCUGGACCAGGCCACGGCCGCGAUGCAGGCCGCGGAGCAGGCCACGCUGAUCGCGGACGAGCUCCUGGGCCUGGAGGAGCAGGUCGGCCUGCUGCAGCAGCAGGUGGCCGAAACGCAGCAGGAGGCGGGCCGGCUCGAGGAGGACAACGCGCGGCUGGGCGAGCUGCUCGUGGAGGCGCGCGAGAACGCCGCGGCGAGCGCCGGCAGCGACCCGGACGCGGCGCGGCGGCUGAAGGCGUUCGAGGCGCAGUACGCCGAGCUCGAGGCGACGAACCAGAAGCUCGAGGCGAAGCUCGUGGAGUCCAUCGCGGCGCUCGGGCGCGCGGAGGCGGCCAUCGAGGAGGGCCGCGGGCAGACGGCGGCCGUGGAGGCGCGCGCGCAGGAGCUCCAGCGCACGGUCGACGGGCUCCGCGGCGAGCUCGACCACGUCCGCGGCGAGCUGCAGGCCGAGAAGGCCGCGCACAGCGAGGCCCGGCAGUCCGCGGAGGCGCGGGCCGCGGAGCUGCAGUCCUCGGUCGACGCGCUGGAGAUCAACCUGACCGAGGUGGAGAAGUCGGGCGACGAGGCCCUGAGUCAGGCGGAGGCGCGCAUGGCCGAGCUCGAGGCCGAGCUCGACGAGGCGUGGGAGGCCGCGGCGCGUUCGGCGGCCGCGCGCGACGAGGAGACGGCUGCAGAGGAGGAGGCGCUUCAGCUGUUGCGCAUCGAGCUGGCGCGCGAGGCGGAGGCGGCGUCGAAGCUGCUGUACCGCGCGGAGCAGGUCGCGAGCAUGCUCGGCGAGGCGCUGGACGGCGAGGCGUCGGGCGACUCGCCGCUCACCUCGGGCGUGGACCAGCUCGUCGCGAGCCUGCAGCAGCGCAACUCUGAGCUGGAGGCGGAGGUGGCGGAGCUGCGCGCGGGGUCGAACGGGAACGGCGCGGGCAAGGCCGUGGGCGUGUCGCCGGCGACGCUGGGCGAGGCGGAGGCCGUGCUGCAGGGCCUGCGCUCGCGCGGCGCCGAGGUGGUGGGCAAGGUGGAGCAGGGCCUGCUGGAGGAGGUCGCGGUGCGCCGGGCGCGCGUGAAGGAGCUGGAGGCGGAGUCGGAGGCGAUGCGCGAGACCAUCGCGGCGCUGCAGGCCGACCUCGACGCGGCGCGCGCCGCCAAGGUGCCGGCGAUGCCCGCGCUGGCCAACGGGAACGGCAAGGCCGCGGGGCAGGCGGAGCUGCGCGCGGCGCUCACGGAGGCCGACGAGCUGCGCGGCCGCGUGCGCGACCUCGAGGCGGAGCUCCUGAAGAAGCGCGAGCUGCUCAGCAAGUCCCGGAAGUUCCUGCAGACGCUGACGCUGAACGCGUCGCCCUCCGCGAAGGAGUGA